AACUCCUGCCGCAGCACCAGCCGUCAGCGCUCAGCCACUCUCCUGCUCGAGCCUGACCGCCUGUAUCGCCACAGAUACAAAUGCCUACGGCGGACACGCCCGCGCUUCUCCCCUGCCUGCCUGUCUGCCCCCAGGCUGCGCCCGCAUCUCGUCUCCAGCUACUCCUACCACCGGCCCUUUCCUGCCCUCCCGGCCCGGUGAGCGGCAGAGGGAGGGUUGGUCUCUAUCCCGCCCCAGCAAGUCCGCCUCCGCCUCGCGGCAGGGCCUGCACCGCCCGCUGGGGGUAGGCGAGCGCCCGGCAGGCACCCGCGCGGACCCCAAAAGAAGCACCUGAGAAAGGACCCCUGCGCCCGCCGCCCCACCGACGCCAUGGCAGCGGCCGCCAACGACUGCGGCGCCGCGCAGGAAAAGUUACAUCCAAGAAAUCUUAUCCCAGAGCUUUGUCGACUGUUUUAUGGUUUAGGCUGGGUAACAGGAACUGGUGGAGGAAUCAGCCUGAAACAUGGGAAUGAAAUCUACAUUGCUCCUUCAGGAGUCCAAAAGGAAAGAAUACAGCCAGAAGAUAUGUUUGUUUGUGACAUGAAUGAACAGGACAUCAGUGGUCCUCCACCACACAAGAAACUAAAGAAAAGCCAGUGCACACCUCUUUUCAUGAAUGCCUACACCAUGAGAGGGGCAGGCGCUGUGAUCCAUACUCAUUCCAAGGCUGCUGUUAUGGCUACCCUUCUUUACCCAGGGAGCGAGUUCAGUAUCACCCAUCAGGAGAUGAUAAAAGGAAUUUGGAAAUGUACUUCAGGAGGAUAUUACCGAUAUGAUGAUACACUAGUGGUUCCCAUUAUUGAGAACACACCAGAAGAGAAGGAUCUCAAGGAGAGAAUGGCACAUGCAAUGGAAAAAUACCCAGACUCUUGUGCUGUAUUGGUCAGACGUCAUGGAGUUUACGUAUGGGGAGAAACAUGGGAAAAAGCCAAAACAAUGUGUGAGUGUUACGAUUACUUGUUUGACAUCGCAGUGCAGAUGAAGCAGCAUGGGCUAGAUCCUUCAAAACAGCCAGCAGGAGAAAACGGAAUCUUAUAAAUGACAACAACAUUUAUAUUCAGAGGUUUCUUACACGAUGGUGGGAGUUCCAGAUUCCAGCUGGCGCUGUUAAACCACGAGGGGGUGCUCUUACACUCAGCUGAUUGACAGAGGAUAGCAGUCGAGUUGUGACUGUUAAACACAUCCAAGAGCAAAAGGAUAAUUUAAAACCAACAAUAAAUAAGCUGGACAAUCACUGCUAUUUAUGAAUCCUCUCAAAUGCUACAGAAAGAGCAAUGACAAUUCAGAUGCAAAAAGGGAUUUUGAAAAAAGCUAUGGAGGAUUAAUGUGGCAUUUGGUUUGCGUGCUUGAAAAAUUCACAACCUGCGUUUGUUGAUCCUGCUCUACUGCAACAUCAUUUAACUUGUUCUAGAUCUCUAUUACUCAAAAUUAUAGUAGCCUAUUUUCUCGAGGAAAAAAAUGAGGUCAACCCCCUUGAUUGGAAGUAAGGAAUAAAGUUUAAAUCAUGGUUUGAACUGUUGAUUCAUUCAUGACAUGUUAAUAAUUUGUGGUGUUUUUUUUUAAUUAAGCUCAUAGCAUAUGUAUUUUUGAAUUCUCUUGUAGGAAACAAUUUUAUGUGCCAUUAUGUGUAUUUGGAAUUUGUUACUGAGAGGUUGCUCUGAGUCUUGUCUGUUUUUUACCUCUUUAAGUUCAUUCGCUUGCAAUAAUAUUUAGUUUAUUACAACUUUAAAACAGCUUUUUUGACCUAUGAUUAGCCAGUAGAUUUAAUCAAACUGCUUAUUAAAAUAUAGUCUCACAUUUGA